AGUAACAGUGGAUUUCAGAAAAUAGAGGAACUUGAAGCGAAGCCUGAGAGGCAGAAUCUCAAACAGAUGGUGAAGCUGAGCACAGUAGUGUCUCCACCACUCUCCAAUUCAAACUCUUUUCUAACAUCUCAAUGUACCAACACUACCUCUCUCUCAUUCCCAACCAAAACCCACCUCUUUUUUGCCACAAACACAUGCUCAACCUCAAUUGUUCCUCUCUUCACUGUGUUUUCCAAAUUCCACCAAACCCAUCUCCAAUUUCCUCUCUUUAUUGGGCAUCCACGUUCUGGGUUGCCCCUACAUGCUUUGAAUAAGCGUGGCCAAGCUGCCAUUCAUGCCUUUAAUCAUGAUAAUGUGGAAGAAGAAGAAGAAGAUGAUGAUGAUGAGGAGGAGGAGGAAGAGGAAGAGGAAGAGGAAGAGGAGGAGAUGUUUGUACCUUUUGAGAAUAUGAAGAAUUGGACGAAGAACAAGCCACGUGGGUUUGGUGAAGGCAAGGUGUACGACACUGGUAUUGAGGACAAGCUGCUUGAGGAAUUGGAGCACAGUAUACAAGCACAGGCUACUAAUGUUAGAAAUCUUAAGAAAAACCCCAUAAUGCCCAGUUCCAAGAAAGACAAUCAAAAGAGUACAGCUCCUGAAGUUGUUCCAAGUGGAGUUCGAGUACGAGUUGUCAACCUUCCUAAGAAAAAGAACAUUCAUAGGGAUUUGAAAUCUGCUUUUGUAGGGGUCCCUGGCAUACUUAAUAUAGUCCCAGCAGUUUAUGGGAACAAGAAGACUAGGGAACCCAUCUGUAAGGGUUUUGCUUUUGUUGAUUUCAAGUCUGAGGAGGAUGCAACUAGGUUUGUACAAAUAUUUUCUAGACAAACUAUUGAGUUUGGUAAAAUUCAGAAGCAGAUAAACUGUGAUAUUAUACAGUCUCCAAGUUCGGCUCAUGUACAAUCAACAGGCAUUUCCAACAUUUCUCCCCGGCUAGCAGUUCUUGGUUUGGAAGAAGACCUAAACACAGCUUCCAAUGUGGACGGUUCUUCUCUGGAUUCAUGGGAGGAGACCACCUCUGAUGAAUCUAAUGACAGAGAUGAUGAGUUUAUAAGAGCAGAAGUGGGAGAUAGUAGAGAGAACCUGGAAACCGUUGGUGUAUUGAAGAUAAAUGUUGGUAAUAAUAGUAUGGAACCAAGGAAGGAUUCUUUAACUGAUUCCUCUUCCUCAAAGCUAGAAAGAGUCCAGGUACUUGAGAAGAAGCUAGUUGCUAAAGGAAAAGGAGUGAAGGCUCCAGAGAAAAAGCUACAUGCGAAAGUAAAAGGAGAAAAGGUUCCCGAGAAAAAGCUAGCCGUAAAAGAAAAGAGAGUGAAGAUUCCGAAGUUAGGCAUUCCAGGAUCUGCCAAGACGUUAAAGGUCAGGGAGAAGGCUAUCUUAGCUGAUGUUUUCUCUAAAUAUCGAGUACAAGUUGCGACGGCUUCAAAGGAAGGGAGCUAACCAAUGUAGUGUAAAUCAGUUAAAUUUUGAUAAGAUGAGACCGUUACUAGACAUAUGGAGUGUAAAUUGCAUAUGCAUUAAGAAAA